AUGGGCGCCUACCCCGCCGACACGGUUGACCUGGUGCUCGACUUCUAUCCGGCGUCGUCACCGAACCGGGUGGGCGUCCUGGUGCUGCCGGGCGGGGGCUACGGCUUCAUCUCUCGGGAGAACGAGGGCACGGCGCCGGCGGAGUGGCUCAACGCGCGCGGCGUCGAUGCCUGGGUGCUGUCGUACACGGUGGCGUCGGCGACCGUACCGGCGCCCAUCUCGCCGCGGCCGCAGCAGGAGGCGCUUGAGGCGGCGCGCCGUAUCCGCGCCGAGGGUCGCGUCGACCGUCUCGGCAUCUGGGGGUUCAGCGCCGGCGGGCACCUCGCGGCGGUCACUGCGACGGACCCGGCCGCCGCCCUCGACUUCGCCAUCCUCGGCUACCCCGUCAUUAGCAUGGUCCCCGGCGUCACGCACCCGGGCUCGCGCCACAACCUCAUCGGCGACGACGCCACCGCCGAACUCGAGGCUACGCUCAGCGCGGAGAACCGUGUGGGCGUCGCGACGCCCCCCGCCUUCCUCUUCCACACCGCCAACGACGCCACCGUCCCCGUCGAGAACUCGCUACGUUUUGCUGCCGCCAUGGCGAAUCACAGCCGUCCCUUCCAGAUCCUGGUCCUUCCUGACGGCCCGCACGGCAUCGGGCUCGCGCUUGGCGACGAGAAGCUCGGGUGGACGGGCGAGCUGGAAAGGUGGCUGAAGCAGUCGAUCCUGAUCUAA